AUGGACACGCCAACUCGCCCAAAGGCCAAACAGCCCAAUAUCCAGGUAUGAGAUUUUUAGAUAAAGCAAGGAGCAUCUUUAAGUAACAAAAGACACGUAGGGCUCAGCCAAAUGGUACCAUAAUGGCGUCGAAACGUGUGGAAACAGGUUUUCUCCGAAACCCGCUCCAUUCCCCUACGGCAUAUUCUCUUCCCUCCCCUCCCUAACCUGUUGCCUUGAUUGCCUCCUGAGCUCCUGAUGAGACAAGGCUUUCAACAUUUUGUUGAGAUAAGAUGCUUUUUGUUUAAAAGGGUGAGCUCAUCGUAUCACAUUAUCGUGCAGUCCAGGGAAAGAUAAGCUAAUAAAUAAUAGAAAAGUUAUUAUGGGUGGGUUAAUCACUUUUGCUGCUGUCCCCAGAGGAGGAGUUUGAGGUACGCAGCUGCCUGGCAGCGAUAGAAACAGAAGAAAGAAAGAGAGAAUUUGAAAAGAAGGAAAAGGACCUGAAGGAAAAGGAGGAAAAAUUGAAACAAAAAGCCAGAGAAAUUAGGAGUGCCACCAUAGAAGCCAAGCGGGUGGCUGCCCAGCUACAGCUUAUGGCGGGGCAGCUAGGCCGUUUGGCCAACCACAUUUUGGCAGAAGCCAAGAAAUAGAAAGAUAUAAGAAAGAAAUUCAAACAACAGCAUGAAUUUUGUUAUUAUUUAUUGUACAAAUCGAGUCUUCUAUUACAAAUCGUUUUUAUUGGUAAAAAAAUAGUAUACGAAGUCCUUAAUAGUUGUCUCCUAAGUCGAACCUGUAAUGAAUAUAUAGCAAAAAUAAACAUAUUUCUCGGAUCCUGAAGAAUCUUUUCCUUUUUCACCGUAUCCACGCCUAUGCCUCCAUCCUCCGCUUUCCUAUAUUACACCACUAUCUUUGUGAAAUUUAUCACCCCAUACUGGUUCUGUACAGGCUUCCAAUUGGCAGGCACCCCCUCCACCUUACACAACAAACAUUCUUCACCACCAUGCACUAGUAUCUGUCCUCGCCAUCCACAGAGUCUUCCCGCUCAAGGAAGCACUUUAUUUUGAACCUGUCAGAUAAAAUUAAAUUAAUAAAAGAGAUUGAUAGAUAUACAAAAAUCCAGGUAUAGAAAGCAAAUAAAUAUAGACAACAUAACCCCGAAUUACAUGGUAACAUCAAUAUAACCCCGAAUUACAUGUUAACAUCUCUAUAAAUAUAUACAUUAUUAUCAGUAUAAUCCCAUAUCGCGUAUUCAGCAUCUCUUAGAUCUGAUAAUAUAAUGUUUUCCACACCAACUCCCUAAACUACACCACAAACUAAUUCCGCUCCCCUCCCUCCCCCACUAGCAAAAAAAUAUACAGCCCCUUAUUUUUACAACUUUAAAACUUCAGGUGCAUUAACAAAAUAAUUUAAAUACACAUUUCUCUUCUGGAGUCAGUAAAUAAAUGAUAACCCGUAACUAAAUGAGAACCUAUCAACCUAUAUACAAAUGUCUAUUCUUGGACCAAUAACCAAUAACUAAAUGAGAAAUUGUUAAUCUAUCUGCAAAAAGCCAUCUGCAAUAAACCAUAGCAAUGACUGAGCGUUGUAGAAUAUAUCAGUAUAGACAGUGAAGCAAUGAGGUUAAAUUGUUGGGCCGCCUGUGGUCGUGGGGUGACUGCGGCUUUGCCGAGACACGCCUUCUGGGAUUUUGCCACAAAGCUAUGUUGGCUGGAGAAUGAAACUAAGCAAGCAGGAGGAUGAGGCAAUGCUGAGCAAACCCAAAAGAUUUCUAAGGAUGAACAAUGUCGCUUGGCAUAUCUGUCAAUAGCGUACAGUCCGAAUAUGUUAAAAAAAUAAAAAAUAUGCUACAAUAAAACCGACGCCCCACAUUCCCAGUCCCGAUGGACCCCCUUCCUUGAUAUUAACUAAAUAAACAAACAUUGAUGCUUGUGUCAGUUUCUGAACUCAUGUAGUAGUUAUUGAACUAUAUUGUCGUUCUUGAACUUUUGUGUCUUUGUUUAACUACGCAGUGUUUAAAACUGAAUUUUAACUGGGUUUUAGUAAUGCUUAUGUCAUUUUCUGAACUCAUGUAGUUGUUAUUGAACUUUGUUGUCGUUCUUGUACUAAGGUGUCUUUAUUGAACUACAAAAAAGAAAAAUGGUUUAUAAUCUCCUCUUGUAGAAAACUGGUUUUUAGUUCAAUACGAGGACGAUCCAGUUAUAAGNUGUCGUUCUUGAACUUUUGUGUCUUUGUUUAACUACGCAGUGUUUAAAACUGAAUUUUAACUGGGUUUUAGUAAUGCUUAUGUCAUUUUCUGAACUCAUGUAGUUGUUAUUGAACUUUGUUGUCGUUCUUGUACUAAGGUGUCUUUAUUGAACUACAAAAAAGAAAAAUGGUUUAUAAUCUCCUCUUGUAGAAAACUGGUUUUUAGUUCAAUACGAGGACGAUCCAGUUAUAAGAGUGCUCAAUGAAAGGGAGGUUGAGCACCUUGACCCGGACGAUAAUGAAGAAAUGCAAGAGGGGGAAACUGUAAUGGCUUUCUGGUCAGCAGAUAGAGAAUUUUACGAAGCAGCAAUCAUCAAAAUUAGCAGUGAGUGUUUUAUAAAAAAACAAGUUAGGAGUUGAGAGUGUGAGAGGAGGGAUGAGAACCUGCAACCAGUGUAUCACAUGUUUCCAGGUUCACCAAGAUAUAAUACACGCGUGCUUAAGAUAUGCGAAAACUGAAAAUUUCUGAAUAAUGAUUAUCAUAAUAUUUAUAUUUAAACCUACAAAAAACAAGCCCACAACUCUUUCAGACUCAGUAGCCAAAUGCCCAAAAGCAGGCAAAAGUGAGUAGGUAAAAUAUCAUUGUGUGCUUGAGAAUGCAAUUAUACGAUGUUCUGCCAGGUAGAUCACUGUGAUUUUUGAGCUACAUGUAAUGAUCUAGAUGUGUGAAUAGAUUGUUGUAUUCACAACUUUUAUACUAAAAGACUUCAACAGCCUGAAAUAAGGUAACCAAAGACAAGCACGUUCUCUUAUUUAAACAAAAGCUUACCUUUUUGCUUUUUGUUUUGAAGAUGAUAAGAGUGAACUUCUUAAAGAAAAGAGAGCUCUUGAAACGAGUUUAAGGAAAAGCGCAGUGGGGAAAGCAAUAUUCAACAGUGAUCCACAACAGCCUAUAAAGAAAAAAAACAAAUCAUCACAGAAACAACCAGUACCAAAGAAACCCACUGCAAAAGAUGAAGAAAAGGCAAAGAAAGAAGGAAUAAAAAAGGUAAGAGAGGCUGAGAAAGCGGAAGUUGAGAAAACAACAUGGAGAAUUUCUCACGAACAAAGUAGGGAUGACCAUCAGCUCAAUGAUAAUCUACAAGAAACCGACUGCAGUUUGUCACUCCAUGGUAUGAAUACUACUCCAUCAUCCACCCGCAGCCCAUCUCCUGUAAAUGUAUAUGGAGCACAGAAAAAACCUAAAAUGAUCAUCACUAACACCUCUGUUGCUAGUCCACCUUCCAAAAUUUUAAUUGUAGGUGAACCAGUUCUUAACUCUAGAAAAACAUCUUCCCAUGCCCAUGCAAAGAAAAAGGCUAAAAGGACAACCACUGGCACAGCUAAAAAUGUAUCAUCCAGUAACUCACCAAUGGACGGAAAGGUUUUAAUCCCUGAAGAAAUACCUACACAAAGAGGAGCAAAGAAAAAGGCUCAAACGAUGACAUACAGUGGUACAGGUGACAGGUCAACUCCUAAGGUGCGUGCAAGACAACACAAGCAUUUUACGCCAAUGGUAAUAAUUGAUCAGCACCUCGAACCUUUCACACUAAUAAGCCUCGUUUAAUACUGGGUAUUGAAUGGAUUUUGCUUUUGCAUGAGGAUGACAUUGUUUUAUAUGAGCUCUGUUAGGAGCUUUACCACCCUUAAAAAUCAAGAGGCGUAAAAAUUAUGCUAUAGGAGCUUUUAGUAUUAAACUGGCUAAAACAAUAAAACAAUUAAGUUCUGAUAAUUGAUUUUCCUUUUUGUAGCGCCGCCCUCUUCCCACCAAAAACAUUGUUUGUGUCCCCUCAUCAGAGUCAGAUAACUCAGCUGAUGACUUGACCAAUGUAGAGGAAGACUCAGAUAUGUUUCUGGAAAAGAUUACUGCAAGAGGUGAAUAAACUGAUUUGUUAUGUCUCAUAUCGAGAUCACAUGACAUCUGACAAUGAAACCGUUUCCUGCCAAAAUCUCUGAGCGGGCAACAUUGCAAAAUGUUGAUCGAUGACCGCCAUUACAGUGAGGUUUAAUGAAUUUCUAGCUUCAAAAUAUCCAGCUAUGUAACAAAUGACUUAAAGACUGGCCCUCGGGAAACAUUAAGAAACAUUAUCAUUAAGUUUCCCUCGUGACUAGUCAUUAAGCGUUUAAUAUUUGGGCACUUAGGAUGCACGAUGCCCUUAAUGAAAGAUUUGCAAAAAGCGCCUUAUCAGUUUGUAACAUGCUUUUUAUCACCUUGCAGCUCGAAAAUCUAAGAAAGCCAAGAAGAGUGUGCCAAAAAGGAAACCAUCACAGAUUAAACCACAAGAUACAACUUAG